GUCACCUAUCGCUUGACAAUAAAUUGACAACCGCUCUAAGUUUUCUCACUUUGUCAUCGCGAUUUUGAUUAGUAACGCAGCCAGUUGUGUUUUGUUUUAGAUAAGAAAUUACGUGACAGAAAAUAAAUACGUUACUUUACAAAAACAAUAUUUUCCGUAUUGCGAUCGCGGUUGCCGGCGUAUUGACAAAGAAUCCACAAUGCGGUUGAUUAUCUUGGAAGACGCGAGCGUGGUGGCGGACUGGGCGGCACGGUUCGUCCUGCAACGCAUCACGCAAUUCAAGCCUGGCCCGGACAGACAUUUUGUACUGGGGCUGCCUACGGGAGGGACUCCCCUGGGCAUGUACAAGCGUCUCAUAGAGUUCCACAAGGAGGGGAAACUCUCAUUUAAAUAUGUCACCACGUUCAACAUGGAUGAGUAUGUUGGUUUGCCGCGUGACCACCCCGAGUCGUACCACUACUACAUGUGGAACGAGUUCUUCAAACACAUCGACAUUGAGCCCGGCAAUGCCCACGUGCUGGACGGCAACGCGCCCGACCUGGUCGCCGAGUGCCGCCGCUUUGAGGAGCUCAUCAAACAGGCUGGGGGCGUCCAUCUCUUUAUUGGAGGGAUUGGCCCCGACGGUCACAUAGCGUUCAACGAGCCCGGCUCUUCGCUGGUCUCUCGCACGAGGGUGAAGACCCUCGCGUACGACACGCUGGAGGCGAACAAGCGGUUCUUUGGCAACGACAUCAGCAAGGUGCCGCGACAGGCGCUCACUGUAGGUGUCGGCACUGUCAUGGACGCUAAGGAGGUGAUGAUCCUCAUCACCGGCGUGCACAAGUCCCUGGCGCUGGCGAAGGCGGUGGAGGAGGGAGUGAACCACAUGUGGACCGUGUCAGCGUUCCAGCAGCAUGCGCAGGCGCUGUUCGUGUGCGAUGAGGACGCCACGCUCGAGCUCAGGGUCAAGACUGUCAAGUACUUCAAGGCGCUGAGCGAGGAGCACCAAAAGAUGAUAGAAGACGUGCCCGUGGACGUGCAGCACAUCAUCCAUUGACCCUCGACGCGGACCUUGGGUCGACCCCACACGGCCCCACCCGACCGCGACCCUUUUACGUGCAGCCCGUACUCGCUAUAGAUUAAGGAAAAUCGUCACAAAUAUAUUGUAUAAGUGCCAGGAAAAUCGUCACAAAUUGUAUCUAUGAGUGCCUUAUGUUUUAGCGAAUUUCUAAAAUGAGGUGGAUUUUAGCUGCGAGGCAGUUUUUUUAAUGUUUUGGUUAAAAGAUUUAUUAUUGUUAUGACUAGUCUCCUGAGUUAUACUCUGUCGAGUUUUUUUCAAAUUGAAAUUAUGAAUUUUAAUUAAAAACGUGCCUUUUAUAAAUGCCUCAAUAUACCAGACUUUAAAUAUAAUAAUUAUAAUAAUAAAAAUUUAUCUUUUUUUACAAUUAUUGUAGAAUUUUUAUUUAAAUAAUCCAAAAUAUACAUUUAAUGUAAAUUUCUAGGUUACUUAAUGUGUUGUUUUAAAUUGCUCUUGCUUUUAUAUUAAAUGAUUGUUAUCACCAACAAGUUAAAGCAUUAUAUAUUUGUAUGUAUUUUAUAUUUUGUAUGUUAUAAAACAUUCCAGAGUCUGAUGGCGGAACACAACAAACUGCUGGAGAUUGUUCGGUGAACAUUCCUUUAACCAUAUGAUUUGUGGUACAAUACAAUGUAUGCUUUUAUUUUUACACACUGUUAUAAUGUUAACACUGUAAUCGAAUAUUAAAUAAAUUUUAUACAAUUUA